AUGGAUAAUCAUGGCCAGAAUAUCCAGCAACAUAGUAAAAGAUGCCGUUUAGUACUCUUUCCAUUGCCAUUCCAAGGACAUAUAAAUCCCAUGAUUCAGCUGGCAAACAUCCUUCACCACAAGGGAUUCGAUAUCACCAUCAUUCUCGUCAAAUAUAAUUGUCCAAAUCUCUCUCAAUACCCUCAUUUCACCAUACGGAUAAUCCCUGACGGCUUAACAGAAAGUGAAGUUUCCACUAUAGAAGUUGCAUUAAUUCCUAAACUUAACGCGAGAUGUGUCGGUCCAUUUCACGACAGUUUGGCUCAAUUAUUGUCUGACGAUCCUAUAGCAUGUAUAAUUACAGAUGCCAUUUGGUAUUUCACACAGGAAGUGGCUGACAACCUUAAGAUUCCUAGGAUCGUACUCCGGACUAGCAGUGUGAGUUCCUUUUUAGCCUAUGCUGCUCUACCACUCCUUCAAGAUAAGGGAUACCUCUCAAUGAAAGAUUCCGAAAUGGACGAACCAGUUGUGGAGUUCCCACCUCUGAAAGUUAAGGAUAUUCCUAGGUUUGGAACAGAUGAUCCAGAGGCUGCCCAUCAGUUCCUAGCAGAAGUGGUGGAAGGAACAAAGAAAGCUUCAGGCCUUAUUUUCAACACCUUUAAAGAACUAGAAGAGCCUGAAUUAGCCAAACUUGGUGAACAAUUUCUCAAGCCUACUUUUGCAAUUGGUCCAUUUCAUAAAUAUUUUUCAGCCUCCUCGAGUAGUUUAUGGACUCAAGAUCGAACCUCGAUAUCCUGGCUGGAUAAACAAGCACCCAAGUCAGUAAUCUAUGUUAGUUUUGGAAGUAUUGCAGAGAUGGAUGAAGAAAAAUUAAAUGAAGUAGCUUGGGGGUUGACCAAUAGCCAGCAACCAUUUUUAUGGGUUUUUCGGUCUGGAUUAGUCCAAGGAUCGAAAUGUCUUGAAAUUUUGCCAAAGGAAUUCUGGGAGGCGACUAGUAAACGGGGUUAUAUUGUAAAGUGGGCACCCCAACAAGAUGUUUUAUCUCAUCCUGCCAUUGGUGGCUUUUUGACUCACAGCGGAUGGAACUCAACUCUAGAGAGCAUUUGUGAAGGCGUUCCAAUGAUAUGUUCGUACUUCUUUGGCGAUCAGAUGGUGAAUUCCAGAUAUGUGAAUGAUAUUUGGAGAGUUGGGAUUAAGUUAGAGAAAGGGCUCGAAAGAUUCGAUAUAGAAAUCGCAGUUCGAAAACUGAUGAUAGGAAAGGAAGGGGAAAAUAUCAGGAGGAAUAUAUUGAGUUUGAAGGAGAAAUUAAAUCUCUCUCUGAAACCGGAUGGUUCUUCAUAUCAAUCACUUGAUAACUUGGUUGAUUUCAUUUCCUCUUUUGGACCUCCUGUUUGA